AUGAAUUGUUUAUCAAAAUCUAUUCUCACUUUGUUAUUUAAAGCCUUCAUUGAUGAAAUUUUAAAACUGAAUGCAGUUAAAAUUGUGAAAAUAGUUGUGCCAGAAAUAAUACAGUAUGGUGUGCAAGACGCUGUGAUUCUAGACUGUGACUAUACUUACGGUAACAAUACAUCAGGACUGGUAGUAAAGUGGUUUUUCCGAAAUAAAGCUAGACCUGUCUACCAAUGGAUUGUGUCGCAAAAGCCACAGGACAUGGGAAUAUUGAGAGGUCGUGUUGAUUUAACCUUUAGAGCAUCAAACGAUCCAUUAAAAAUGUACAGAGCACUCCGCAUAGUGAAGCUCAAUACCGACAUAUCUGGCGAAUACACGUGUGUUGUUUCGACAUUUAUGGAAGAGGAUUCAAGAACUAAGCAAAUGAUUAUUUUUGUUCCGGAGACGAACUUUCACCUGAUCCAGAACAAGACUGAAGAUGAAACUGUGAACGUCAUAUGUGCUGUGGACGGAGCGUUUCCUGCACCAAACCUCACACUAGCCACACCUGAGAG